CUUCAAGCUUUAGUGGUGCCAAACUGUGGACAUUGGAAUAGUGCCCCAUCAUUGGUGUCAGUGGGAGGAAUAGUGCCCCAUCAUUGGUGUCAGUGGGAGGAAUAGUGCCCCAUCAUUGGUAUCAGUGGCAGGAAUAGCACCCCAUCAUUGGUGUCAGUGGGAGGAAUAGCACCACAUCCUUAGUAUCAGUGGCAGGAAUAGUGCCCCAUCAUUGGUGUCGGUGGAAGGAAUAG